GAUACCACCAGUCCGCGUAGCUGCUGUCUGAUUCCCUCUGUGUGAGACAACCACCAGAAAGAGAUACUAGGCACAGCAAGUCGGUCUUCCCAUCAACCCAUUCACCUCCCCCAGACGGGUCUGAAAAAGAUGGGAUCCUCUCCAGAACUCGUCGAUGCGGACUUCUCGUCCAUUCCCCGGUCACGGGAGGAAAACCAGGAGCGAGCUUUUGUGGCAGCAUCCCGCCGCAAGGACCGUAGUCUGGAUGCCCGUCUCGAGUCAGCGCAUCGGGCUUCUAUGCUGCAUAAGAAGCGGACCGGCAAGGCGCUCUACAUCACCCGGGAGAUCGUCGAGAAGGAGGCCAUGUACGAGGAAGUGGACGAGCGGUACCAGGAGAAGCGUCUUCGCAUGCUCCAGGCGCAGAAUAUGCAGAUCGAAGAGCAAUUCCAGCGACAGCUUCUCGCAGCCUUUGCCGCUGGCGCCAACAGCGCUGCCCGCUCGCGCCAUUCCAUCGCGGUGCCUCAAGCUCCCUCAGACGGAGUGAAGAAGACACGCAUUGAUCUGCCUGCAACUCGUGCUUCGUUCUCAGAGGGGGGCAGCGCUGGAUCGGUCCCCAGUCCCAUGCCUGCCAGUCAGGAUCAUGUUGGCACGCCCACGAUCACAUACCCCCAGACUCCCGGCACGCCCUCCUACGUCCAGACCCCGGGCUCCUACGUGCAGACCCCCGGGGGCUAUUCGAAUGGCUUCCCCUCGCCCCAGAUGCCUCAGUAUCUCAACCAGCAGAACUCAUGGAGACAGCAGCCCUUCAACCUCUUCCCUCGCCGCCAGCAGGGCUACCCGGCCGCUCAGCAGAACGAUGUCCAGACGGUCGACUCCUGGCGACGACGGGUCCUCAUGCAGUCCCUCGAAAAUGAGUCGCCCACUCCGACUCAAGGGUUCCGCUCCCGCCUGGCUUCUGCUCCCGAGCCUCAACUGCGGGCACAGCUGCCCAUUGCCGUUCCGCCAUCUCCUGUACAGAGUCCCCGGGCCCAGUCGGAGCCGUCCUCUGAUGCACCGGAGGAGAGCCACAACACCAUGUCGCAGCCUCUGACCAUGGCCACGGUCACCCCUCAGCAGACCUAUGUCACCCCCCAGGCCUGGGGUACUCCGGAUCUCUGCCCUUCCCCAGGCAGUCUGAACUCUGCCAGCAAUACAUCGUGGGACGACAGUAUCCCACCAGAGAUGGUGGCUCACGACAGCACACCUCUCGCCCCACUGAUGGUGUCCACCGAUCAGUUGGACCCCGACUUUGCUGAUUUCAACCGCUUCGCGCUGGGUCUGGAAAGCAGUUCCCACUACCAGGACGGAUUCGGGCUGGAGACCUCUGCUUUUGAUGAUUGGGUCGCCUUGGACCUGGACUUUGCUGCCGCGGCCUAAGAUUGAAAUACUGCCAUUAUUUCGGGAUCUUUUUCUUUACUGUUGUUAUGUUGUAUUAUGAUAUAUUGUAUUUCUAUUUGUGAUUACGACGAGAUGCCGG